AUGCUCGUCCUUUACGGUCCUUCCGCCCUCUCAACGUCUAAGCGAAAUAGCCUGCUCGAACGUUCACAAAAAAUCUGUCCCAAUAUUGUAUCUCUCGACGCCGUUCAUCUCCACAUUCUUAAAUGCACCUCAGAAUCUUCUCAAUGCGAUCUUACUACAUGUGAAGACUCUUCAUACAGAAGAUCACUCGAUCUCCUGUUAGAUUACGGGGACGGUAUCCAGCUUCCAGGUACUUCACAAGCUCUCCAAAACGGACACAAUGUUGUCUAUGUCUUUCCCCGACCUGGUACAAUCUCACCUUGGUCCAGCAAAGCCACAGACAUUGCCGCAAUAUGCAACUUGGGGGGGCAUAUUGAGCGCCUAGAACGAGGAUUGGCUUUUGUCUUCAAAAAUGUAGGUGAUACUCUCCUGAGUAGUACGGAGGUGGCUUCCUUGUCACACCUCAUCCAUGAUCGCAUGACACAAGUCGUUCAAUCAGCCAUUCCUAAAGAAGAUAGUAUUUUUGAACACCAUCCUCCGAGUCCCCUUCGUACAGUUGAACUGAUCGGCGGUGGUGAAGAUGCUGUAUCCUCUCGGGAGAGGCUAUCUGCAGCUAAUAAGAGUCUGGGUCUCGCACUUGCACCUGACGAAGUGGACUAUCUGGUGGAUGCAUUCAUAUCUGGCCCGUCUCCUAUCAAUCGCAACCCCACUGAUGCUGAACUUUUCAUGUUCGCUCAAGUAAAUUCAGAACAUUGUCGACAUAAGAUCUUCAAUGCAUCUUGGACGAUCGAUGAAGUCCUUUUGGAUAGAUCAUUGUUUCAAAUGAUUAGAAACACUGAAAUCAUCAGUGGCACUGGCACCAUUUCCGCAUACUCUGACAACGCUGCCGUUCUGGAAGGCAAUCCAGCCUCUCGCUUCGGUGCUACUCGCCCAGGCUCGGUGAAUCUGUAUAACUCCUGCAUCGAGGACAUACCAAUUCUGAUCAAAGUCGAAACUCACAACCAUCCCACGGCUGUAUCACCAUACCCGGGGGCUGCUACAGGUUCUGGAGGCGAGAUCCGCGAUGAAGGAGCAGUAGGCAGAGGGUCCAAACCAAAAGCGGGUUUGGCUGGAUUCACUGUUUCCAAUUUACUCAUUCCUGGUUAUAACCAACCUUGGGAAACGGAUUUUGGUCGUCCAUCGCAUAUAGCAUCAGCUCUUGAUAUCAUGAUGGAGGGGCCUCUCGGCGCCAGCGCUUUCAAUAACGAGUUUGGCCGACCCGCACUCACUGGAUAUUUCCGCACAUUCUCUGAAUCUGUACCAGCGUCAGAAGAUGGCCAGGCUAGGGAGAUUAGAGGUUACCAUAAGCCGAUCAUGAUUGCCGGCGGAUAUGGGAAUGUUCGGCCUGAUUUUGCCAAAAAGAGCAGGAUAUCGCCUGGUGCAAAGAUUGUUGUUCUCGGUGGCCCCGGCAUGUUGAUUGGCUUGGGCGGAGGGGCGGCAUCUAGCCAGGUGUCAGGUGCAAGUUCAGCGGAGUUGGACUUUGCGUCAGUGCAAAGAGACAACGCCGAGAUGCAAAGGAGGUGUCAACAAGUUAUUGAUGCUUGUGUUGCUUUGGGUGACGACAACCCUAUUCAAAGCAUCCAUGAUGUUGGUGCUGGAGGGUUAUCAAAUGCUCUCCCCGAGUUGGUGCACGAUUCUGAGCUAGGUGCUAUGUUCGAAAUUAGGGACGUACUCGUUGCUGAUUCGUCGAUGUCGCCUAUGGAGAUAUGGUGCAACGAAAGUCAAGAGCGAUAUGUCCUUGCGAUAUCUCCAGAAGAGGCGAAUGUAUUCGAAAAACUCGCCAAGAGGGAGAGAUGUCCAUUCUCCGUAGUUGGGGUUGCGACGGAGGCGGAAGAGCUGAUUGUAACGGACCGCUUGCUCUCCUCAGAUGUAAUUCGCUUGAAGAUGUCCACUCUUUUUGGGAAACCUCCUCGCAUGUCAAGGAAAGACACUACCCGAAGAAUUGGAUUCAAAUCAUUUGACACGUCGCUUUCUUCAUACCUCCCUAAUGCCACUACUCUUCCCGAACGACUCUCUCUUGCAGUCUAUCGUGUUCUCCGAUUACCAUCUGUUGGGUCUAAGUCGUUCUUGAUUACGAUUGGUGACAGGACCAUUACUGGUCUCGUCACCCGAGACCAAAUGGUAGGGCCCUGGCAAGUCCCAGUUGCAGACGUAGCUGUUACGCGCUCAUCAUACGGCUUUGAUAUGACAUACGGUGAAGCAAUGGCCAUGGGAGAGCGAACACCAGUAGCUCUUCUCAAUCCAUCAGCCUCUGCACGGAUGGCUAUCGCAGAAUCGCUGACCAACUUGGCGGCAGCUUCUGUAUCAAGCCUCUCCCGCGUAAAAAUCAGUGCGAAUUGGAUGUGCGCUGCAUCGAAGGAAGGAGAAGGUGCAGGAUUAUAUGCUGCUGUAGCUGCCGUAGGUAUGGACCUGUGCCCUGCUCUCGGGGUGGGAAUUCCUGUUGGCAAAGACUCCAUGUCUAUGUCGAUGAAGUGGAAGGAUGGGGAAGAAUGUCACGAAGUGAGCGCACCGCUAUCACUGAUUGUCACUGCGUUUGCACCCGUAAAAGACGUCGACGCCACGUGGACACCUCAAUUGCGUACGGACACAACAGAACCCACCGUUCUUGUAUUCUUUGACCUGGCGAAUGGAAAGGAGCGUCUCGGUGGCUCUGGCCUUGCGCAAGUUUUCAAAGAGAUAGGCUCAGAGGCACCAGAUGUCGAAGAUGCUGCCGUGCUCAAGUCGUUUUUCCUUGCCAGUCAAAACGUGCGGAAAACAGAACCUGAUUUAGUUCUGGCGUACCAUGAUCGUUCGGACGGUGGUUUGUUCACAACUCUUGUAGAGAUGUGCUUCGCAGGACGUGUGGGUGCUAAGAUCUCUCUUGAUGCAUUGCACUCCGUUCAAGACCCGAUUUCCACCCUGUUUAACGAGGAGUUAGGUGCCGUGAUGCAAGUCCGCCAGUCCGACUUGCCCAAGCUAAUGAAAGAAUACGUUAAUGCGGGCUUCCCGUCAAGUUCUAUCCAUGUUAUCGGGCGCGUGAACGAAAAUCCAAAAGAUCAGACAUUCAGUAUUAUCUAUGACGCUACUGUCAUCUUCUCCAGUAGUCGUUCAAAACUCCAAGAAGCAUGGGCAGAGACGUCGUUCAGGAUGCAAUCCUUACGGGAUAAUCCAGUGUCCGCGCAGCAGGAGUACCAGCUCAUUGGUGACGAGUCGAAUACAGGGCUAUCCUAUGACCUCACCUUUUCGUACACGCCGAUGCCUCUCUUACCUUCUCGGCCCAAAGUUGCCAUUCUUCGCGAGCAAGGUGUCAACGGGCAGGUCGAAAUGGCCUGGGCUUUCACUGCUGCUGGAUUUGAUGCAGUUGAUGUCCAUAUGUCCGAUAUCAUCAGUGGUGAGGUUAGCCUGACCGGGUUCCGUGGGCUCGCAGCUUGUGGUGGAUUUUCGUAUGGGGAUGUCCUUGGCGCUGGGAAAGGCUGGGCGCAUUCAGUGUUGCUGAAUGAGAAAGCGCGAAAGGAAUUCGCCCAGUUCUUCCAGAACCAGGAGACAUUCACCCUCGCUGUAUGCAAUGGCUGCCAGUUCCUCAGCCAUCUCAGAGAGAUAAUCCCUGGAGCACAGGACUGGCCCGACUUUAAACCAAAUGCAAGUGAACGGUUUGAGGGCCGAGUGUCGAUGGUGGAGAUUGUUCCCGGUGAUGUGACUCGCUCGUCGGUAUUCCUGCGUGAUAUGGUCGGCUCGAAAUUCCCUGUUGCUGUAGCUCAUGGUGAAGGUCGGGCGGCAUUCAACGAUGAAGCCCGCCAAAAAUCGCUCGAAUCUGCGGGGCUAGUUGCCAUGCGCUACGUCGAUUCCCAAGGAGUGCCAACAGAAAUGUAUCCUUUGAAUCCGAAUGGCAGUCCCGGAGGGAUCACGGGAGUGCAGACCCCAGACGGGCGUAUCCUGGCACUCAUGCCGCAUCCUGAACGGGUGGUCACUCUGGAGAGCAAUAGUUGGUAUCCACCCUCGUUUAAGAAGACAUGGGGAGGUACAGGGCCUUGGUUUAAACUGUUCCAAAGUGCACGAGCUUGGGUAAAUUGAGUCAAACGAAAGGAUUGUAUAACAAAAAAAUUGCAAACGCGAUGGUGAAAAAUAGCCUGGGUAUCAAAAUUGAAAUGGUGACAAAUGGGGCCUUGCUAGAAGUGUAUUGGAUUUAAAUAUUGAAUGGGAAUGUACAUGUUACGAUCGCUACAUGUACAAGUGUUUUAGAAAUAGAAUGCGAGAAGUUAGCUGAUAACUACCC